AUGGAAGAAAAACCAAAUAUCCCAAAUAGUUCUACUCUUAGGGGUAGCCUGGAGACCACUCUUCAGGAUCCAUUUUCUUCUACAGAUGGAGAAGAAAUUCAUAACGUAGGAGAUGAGGAAAAUCAAGCUGGAAAUGCUCAAAAUCAGUUGGUGCUUUAUGACCCUGCUGUUGCCGAUAGUGCUCGUGGAGUUGAAGCUGUCCCAGAUUCCAUUGCUCAUCAACCUCCAUCCUUUUCUAGAUUCCCCUUUUCAAAUCAGCCAUCGAGGGUAUUGCCAGCUGUAGGGGCUUUCAAUGUCCAGUGUGCCAACUGUUUCAAAUGGAGGCUCAUUCCAUCAAAGGCAAAGUAUGAGGAAAUAUGGGGAACACAUUAUAGAACAACCCUUCUUAUGUGA